CUCUGGCGCUGGCUGAUGACGUAUGAGCCCGCGCUCACGGUUUCAGCAUCAGGGAAAGGGAGUUAAGGAGGAGUUGGGGUCCGGUUGUAGGAAGUCAGGGUGCAGCCAGACGGAGCUGGGUCGAGCAACCAGGUAAUAAUUUCAAGAUGCCAGGACGUUCCAGUUCAAAUUCAGGUUCAACUGGUUUUAUAUCCUUCAGCAGUGUAGAAUCUGCUCUUUCCUCCUUAAAAAACUUCCAAUCCUGCAUCAGCUCUGGAAUGGACACAGCUUCCAGUGUUGCUUUGGAUCUCGUGGAGACUCAGACUGAAGUGAGUAGUGAAUACAGUAUGGACAAGGCAAUGGUUGAAUUUGCUAUGAUGGAUCGGGAACUAAACCAUUACGUAAAGGCUGUUCAGUCUGCGAUAAAUCAUGUAAAAGAGGAACGUCCAGAAAAAAUACCAGAUCUGAAAUUAUUAGUGGAGAAGAAAUUUUUGGCUUUACAGAAUAAGAAUUCCGAUGCAGACUUUCAAAAUAAUGAAAAAUUUGUACAAUUUAAACAACAGCUGAAAGAACUAAAGAAGCAAUCGGGGAGACCUAAAGAAGAUGGAAGACGCAGUGAGUGCGACAAGAUUAAGGAUAAGGAAGCGAGUAGAGCAGGCAAUGAACGAGAUGGUCUCCAAGCAGACAGAGAGGCCGAUGGAACAGAAGGAGUUGAUGAAGAUAUGAUCGUGACCCAAAGUCAGACCAACUUCAUCUGCCCCAUUACGCAGCUGGAAAUGAAGAAGCCAGUGAAGAAUAAAGUGUGUGGCCACACCUAUGAGGAAGAAGCCAUUGUCCGCAUGAUUGAGUCCAAGCACAAGCGGAGGAAAAAGGCCUGUUGCCCUAAAAUUGGCUGCAGCCACACGGAUGUGAGAAUGUCUGAUCUCAUCCAGGACGAAGCGCUUAGAAGGGCGAUCGAAAGCCACAAGAAGAAACAUCGUCCAUCAGAGUAGACAAAGCCACCCGCCUGCGGGGAAGUGCUCAGCCUACCUCCUGCCCCAGCCACCGUGGAGAGCUGUACUUAUCGAAGCACAUAGACCUGCCGCAUAGCUUACUUUGGGGUAAAACUUGAAGGUUUUAAGUGUAAUCGAAAGCAUUUUUUCUAUGUUACAAUAAAAAUUCAAGGAAAUUCUAUUGUUUAUUUUUAAGUAUUCUGUAAUUUUAAAUAAAAUUUUGACUAUCUGCAG